CCCUCUGUGCACAGUCACUGUCGUUUCUGGCGACCAGAGUGGCAAAGAAACUUGGUGACAGUACAAUGGCAUCCACAGCAGAAGGAAGAGAUGGCGCUUUAUGGCCAGACGUCCCUGAGGGCCCCCUGAGUGCCUACCGAGCAAGAGCCUCCUUCAGCUCCGAGGAGUUGCUGCUCUUCUGGGAUGGCCCGGACAUGUUGCACUUCAAGAAAACCAUCUUCUCAGCUCUGGAGAAUGACCCUCUCUUUGCCCGCUCCUAUGGGGAUGAUCUGCCUCUUGAGAAGCAUAGAGAACUGACCUUCCUUCGCUGCAAGCGGAUCUUUGAGUAUGGGUUCUUCAAUGUUGAGGACAUGUUACAGAACCCCCUCAAGAUUCUAGUGUUUAUUAGCUGCCUGGGCAUGUAUGACUGGUCCCUCGCCAACAAAUAUAUCCUCCACAUGAUGAUUUUUGGAUCCACAGUUUUCAGUUCCGGUUCUGAGCGGCAUCUCAAAUACCUUGAGAAGAUCUUUACCAUGGAGAUUUUUGGCUGUUUCGCUCUCACCGAACUGAGUCAUGGGAGUAACACAAAGGCCAUGCGGACGACAGCUCACUAUGAUCCAGCUACCCAGGAAUUCAUCUUACAUUCCCCGGAUUUCAAGGCUGCAAAAUUUUGGGUGGGCAACAUGGGGAAGACAGCAACUCAUGCAGUGGUGUUUGCUCAGUUGUACACGCCAGAUGGCCAGUGCCAUGGGCUACAUUCCUUCGUGGUGCAGAUUCGGGACCCGAAGACCCUGCUUCCCAUGCCAGGGGUGAUGGUUGGCGACAUGGGGAGGAAGCUGGGACAGAAUGGCCUGGAUAAUGGAUUCGCCAUGUUCCACAAAGUUCGAAUUCCUCGCGAGAACCUCCUGGACAGGACUGGGACUGUCACCUCUGAGGGCACUUACAACACCUCCUUAAAGGAUGUCCGGCAGCGUCUCGGAGCGUCUUUAGGCAGCCUGUCCUCAGGACGCGUCUCCAUCAUUGCCAUAUCCGUGGUCAACCUGAAGCUGGCCGUGUCCAUAGCUGUCCGAUUCUCAGCCACACGCUGUCAGUUUGGACCCACGGAUAAGGAAGAAAUUCCUGUCCUUGAAUAUCCACUGCAGCAAUGGCGCCUACUUCCAUACCUGGCAGCUGCCUAUGCCUUGGACCACUUCUCUAAGACACUCUUCUUGGAUAUGAUAGGGCUCCAUCGUGUUCUGCUCAAGAGAGAACAAAGUACCAGGCAGGCUGAGCUUGGACGGGAGCUCCAUGUAUUGGCAUCAGCUGGCAAGCCCCUAGCCUCGUGGACUGCCCAACGGGGAAUCCAGGAGUGCCGUGAGGCAUGCGGGGGUCACGGCUAUCUGGCCAUGAGUCGAUUUGGGAACCUCAGAAAUGACAAUGAUCCAAACUGCACCUACGAAGGGGACAACAAUGUCCUGCUCCAGCAGACUAGCAACUACCUGCUCAACCUCCUGGAGCAGCGGCUCCAAGGCGGAACUCACUUCACAAGCCCUCUCAGGACAAUGGACUUUCUGGAAGCCUAUCCUGGAAUCUUGAGCCGGAAGUUCACAGGCUCCAGCAAGGCUGACUGGCUGGACACAGCAGCCCCCCUGGAAGCAUACCACUGGCUUGUUUGUUACCUGCUCCAAGGGAGUCAUCAGAGAUACUGUCAAGAGAAAAAGUCCAGAGGCAAUGACUUUGAAGCAAGAAACAACAGCCAGGUGUACUUUUGCCGGCCCCUGGCCCUGGCCUUCAUGGAGUUCACUGUGCUGCAGCGGUUCCACACGCAUGCACAUAGCUCCAGCGUGCCUCCAACUCUGCAGGCUGUACUUAAGCGGCUCAGCACACUCUAUGGCCUGUGGUCCCUGAGCCAGCACAUGGCUCUGCUCUACCAAGGUGGCUACAUUUCUGGUGACCAGACAGGAAGAGCGAUGGAGGAUGCCAUCCUGGCACUGUGUGGGCAGCUGAAAGAUGAUGCAGUGGCCCUGGUGGACGUGAUCGCCCCUUCUGACUUUGUUCUGGGCUCCCCGAUUGCCAGAGCUGACGGUGAGCUCUAUAAAAACCUGUGGGGCGCUAUCCUGCAGCAGAACGGGGUGCUGGAACGUGCCGCCUGGUGGCCUGAGUUCACUGCCAACAAACCUGUGAUUGGCAGGCUGAAGUCCCAGAUGUAGACACACUGGGAGGGGCAGCCACAGCAGGAGCAGCUGACCCAGAGGCCUGAGUCCAGACAUGGAGCUCCAGGAGACAACAAGACACCCACGCUGAAAAACACUUAUACCACACCUUGUCCUUGUCCCUGGUCAGCCUGUCAUGCCCAUCCUGAAAUGGGUCUUACAGGGAGUGUUUGCACAGUGUGGCUCCCUGAAGGUCUUGGGAUUUUUAACAAAGGAUUUUAUUUUUGUUCCCUUGGGAUACAGAUAGGAAGGGUAAAGUCGGGGCUCACAGUGAAGGCUUCUGCUCAGGUGAACUUUGCGAUCCGUGGGAGACUUUUGCAAAGCUCUCUUCUCUGUGCUGCUUUCGGCUUCUUUUUAUCCCACUGUGGUGUACCCAUACCUCUGUUUACUUGCCACUUACUGCUGUACCAUGGACCAUCAGAAUGACAUCAUUUGAAGAUUUUUUUUGGG